AUGUCUCGUAGUGAGGCAGAGGUAGACAUAAAUGGCUAUAUUGACAUGACGUACUCGUCUGGAGACUCUAAUGACAUGAAAUCCAAACAGCACUACCGGGAAGAGAAUAAUAACGAGGUCGAUGAGCUCUCGAAAAACUUCACAGAGAUGGGGUGUAUAGUGGACGCUGUCAAAAGGCCUCCCAACAUAUGCAUCGAAACCUGUGUAUACGAGGAAUCCGAUUCAGGUGGACAGGAUGACAAAUCUGAGGCAGAGGACGAUGAAAAAUCUUUGCCAGAAGACAAUGAUAAGCAUGAAGAUGCCACAUAUUCGGACGAGUUCGAGGAGGACAAAAGUGAGGUAGAAGAAGAGAUUAAGAAAAUUCAGUCAGCGAAUGCAAUAAACGUUGCCCCGGCUGCGAAGCCUCUAGUGAAACUGUCGAAGAGUCUAUCAAGUAGCUCAGCUAAUAAGCAGCCCUCGCUUUCCGGCCGGUCUUCUGACUACGGUUCCGUGUCGGUGCCGGCGACGCGGCGCGUCAACAUGUCCUUCACGAACGAGAGGCUACGCGAGAUCGAGAGGCACAACCACAUCCUGCUGAACAAGAUCCUGAGCGCACGCAACGUGCGCAAGUCCUCGAUACCGCCGAGGGAGCAGCCCCCCAGGAGGGCGGCGCCGCCGGCGGCGGUGCACCGCAGGCUGCAGCAGAGGCAGAUCGACCGGGACAACAUGAUCCUGCUGAAGAAGAUUCAGCGAGCAAAGUCGUCUGCGUGCAGUGUGCGCCGU